AUGUUCGUGAUGGAUCCCAACAUGACUCACCCUGUACUUGCUGCUGUCAGUCGUAGCGCUGAAACGUCCACUGCUGAGAAGAGUGGAGGGAAUGGAAACGAAUACUUCUAUAUUCUGAUUGUUAUGUCUUUCUAUGGAAUCUUUCUCAUGGGAAUAAUGCUGGGCUACAUGAAAUCCAAGAGGAAAGAAAAGAAAUCCAACUUGCUGCUCCUGUACCAAGACGAAGAGAGGGAGUGGGGCCAAGCCACCAAAUCUCUGCUAACCAUCUCAGAGCUGAAGUCUGUGCAGAUCCCGAUGAUGCUGAGCAUGCUGCAGGAGAGCAUGGCGCCAGCUCUCUCUUGCACCCUCUGCUCCAUGGAAGGGAGCAGUAUGAGUGAGUCUUCCUUGCCAGAUGUUCACCUCACAAUCCAAGAGGAAGCAGCUGAUGCUGAGCUGGGGGAAACAGCCGAAGCGCCCUUCCUGAACGGCAGCAGCGAAGGGUCUUCAGAAAGCAUCCACCAAAACUCCUAGCAUUUGCAGGCA